CCGCUCCCACCCCAGCCAAGCCGCGCCGCCAGCUGAGAGGCAGGAGCCCGGGAGCUCGCUCGCUUCAGGCAGGAAUGGGGUGGAAGGCCGCGGAAAAGCUCAUCAGGCACUGGAAGAUCCUUCGCGGCGACAACGUGAUGAUCAUAAGGGGCAAGGACAAGGGGGAGAGCGGGCUGAUCAAGCGGGUCAUCCGCUCGCAGAAUCGCGUCAUCGUCGAGGGCAAGAAUCUGGUUAAGAAACAUAUUAAGCAGGGGGAAGGACAUACUGGUGGGAUUUUCUCAAUCGAAGCUCCACUUCAUGUUUCAAAUGUACAAGUAAUUGAUCCUGUCACAGGGAAACCAUGUAAGACUGGAUACAAGUAUUUGGAAGAUGGGACUAAAGUCAGGGUCUCUAGAGGAAUGUAUGCAUCUGGUGCUGUGAUACCUCGGCCAGAAAUUUUGAAGGAGAGAAAAAAGCCGAGGCCCACAUCAGAUGGCCCAAAGGAUACACCAAUUGAGCAUGUGCUGGAGAAGACCUACGAUGCCAAAGCUGGAAUUGGUAUGCCUGAUCUGUAGAGGAGAUGUUCCAUUGUUGAGAGCGGAAGAGAAAGAGUUCCGCAUAUGUCGUCCAUUCAUCACAGUAGGAACUCUGCAGUUAUGUCAGGAGACAGUCAACAUGUAUUCACGAAUAAGUCUACGAUGAUUGUCUUGGACUUGUCAGAAUCUUCUGUAUUCCCUGAAGAAUCUGAAUGAUGUGUAUCAUGUUAAUCUUUUCAUUUUAUGAAAACCCUCGCCACUAAAUCAAAAUAAAA